UUGUGUGGAGCGGUUGUGUUGGACGCUGGACGGGAUAUUUCUCUGAACUGAGAGGUGCUGUUAAUGUACUGGACCUGCAUUUGCACAGUACCGCUGAUAUGGAGUCCAGACAACAGGAGCUGUAUUCUAGCGUACUGACUCCUGAAGCAAUAGUAGACUGGGAAGACCGAGAGACUUUCCAUGCAGGUUUAUUGGACAAAGAGCCUCUAAAGGAAGUGGAUGAGGACAUGGUAUCAGAGGUGGAUCUCAACAACACUGUCACAGAAGAGGAGCGAGAGGAAAUGGAGAAUGAACUGACUAAGUUAGAAGAAGAAAUCACAACUUUGAAACAAGUCCUGGCCUCCAAAGAAAAGCGUCACUUGGAGCUGAAACAGAAACUAGGGAUCACACCCCUGUGUGAACUGCGACAGAACUUCACCAAGAGCUGGUACGACAUGCAGACCAGCACUGCAUACAAAAAGACGUCUGAGAGCCUGUCUACGGCAGGACAGAGGACCUCAGCGGCCUUCAGUAACCUGGGCAAUACCAUCAGCAGGAAGUUCGGGGAUAUGAGGUCAUAUUCUCUUGGCUAUUCUAUACGGCAUUCAAUGAGCAUGCCUACAAUGAGGAACUCGCCUAGUUUCAAGUCGUUUGAGGAGAAAGUCGAAAGCACAGUUUCAAACAUUAAGUCUAAGGUUGGAGGAACAGGAGAUGCGGGCAGUUUUGAAGAGGUCCUCUCUUCAGCGGCCCAAGCCAGCUCCCAGGACACCCCUACUAAUAACGUGACUGAGAACAGUGAACGCUAAGGGUUUUAAUGGUCUACCAGUGAAACUUUGAUGACCCUUAAUGGUUUGG